UAGCCUGAAUUCCCUUUUAAAGAUCCAAAAUGGUGAUUUUACAGUGCGGCAUGCUGUCUGGUCAUCAACGGAGACUUUUGACACCCGUAAUACCCACAUUUCUACCAUUCACCUCCGUAACCUUUGUUGAGUUCAUCAGACAGUCCAAGACAGGAAGUUGAGGACAGGACAUCCUGUGCUGUCCUCGGUACCAGCUUAUGAGGGAACCAGCUGCAGUGGACAAAGCACGUUACAUCAUAGGAUAAUAGCAUUGAAUUGGAUUCUUGAACCAGAGCCAUGUGAACCUGGUCCACCUGUACCUCUCAUUGAAGACCUGUUAACAUCACCAGAGUAUCUUCAUUCUGAUACACCUAUGGUAUGGUUACGACAUGCAUUAUCUCUGUCAGAAGAAUCCAUUUAAAGAGCUGCAUUGGCAACGAAACAACCCAAUGUGGUCGAUUGUAAGGAAAUACAGAAUAACAGCUUCCAACUUUGGUGCAGUUCUCAGUUCUAAGCAAAGGCGAUUGACAUUGUCACUGAAGAAACGGCUGAUGUCGGCUUACAAUCUGGAGUCCAUCAAGGCUGUUGCAUUGGGUAUCACUCAUGAAGAUGAUGCUUUGAGAAAGUUUGAAAAGGACUUUGAUGCAGCUGUAGAGCAGUCAGGGAUAUGGUUGCAUGAAUCCAGAGUGUUAGGAGCUUCACCUGAUGGCUUAGUUGUUCGACCACCAACAUGCAGUGUAUUUUAUCAAACUCCAGAAGCCAAAGACGCCAUUCCUGAUAUUGUAGAGGUGAAGUGUCCAUAUACAGCAUCGUCUUCAACAGUAGCAGAUGGGGCACAAAAUUUGAAGGAUUUUUCAUAGAUCUUAAACAAGAUACCCUGUGCCUGAAAACCAGUCACCCAUACUAUCAUCAAAUUCAAGGCCAGCUACACAUAUGUAACAAAACA